CCCAAACACGUACUGUCUCUCCCGUCCAAUUAGGUCAGGUGAGUUCUGCUACACCCUUCACCCGACUAUAUAAGCGCAGGCGUGGAGAUUCAAAAGUAUCAGUUGUUUCAACAAUUCGACCGACUACAACAUGAAGCUGUUUAUCAUCGCCGCUGUCUUGGCCGUCGCUGCCGCUGCUAGCUACAGGCCGGAGUACAAAGCUCCCAGCUACAAGCCGGAGUACAAAGCACCAAGCUACCCUGCACCAGGCUACUCUGCGCCAAGCUACAAGGAUAACAAAUACGCCGACAUCACCGUCACCAGCCAAUCCGAUGAGCGCAACAUCGAUGGCAGCAGCCAAUGGAGCUACGCUCAGUCUGACUACACCACCCGCGAAGAAUCCCAAGUCCAGAAGAAAUUCCAAGGAGUUACCUACGAUUCUUACGGAAAAGAAUCGUACGGUGAAGUCGUUGGCAACACCAACAAGGGAUCUUCUUACUGGGUUUCUCCUGAAGGCCAAAAAUUCACAUUGACCUGGGCCGCCGAUGAGGCAGGUUUCCAACCCAAGGGAGAACACUUGCCCGUUGCUCCCGUCCAUGAAUACGAGCUGCCCGUCGCCCCCGUUCACGAAUACGAACUCCCCGUCGCUCCAGUACACAUCCCCUUCAACGGAAAGGGCUACAAGAUCUAUUAAAAAUAAUAUAAAUUGAGAAAUAAAAAAAUAUAUCCAAUAUUCUUUGUCGUGACAAUGCAUAUAUUGGUGUAAAUAUAUAGAAACAACAUA